CACACCGGAGGGAACCCCAUCAGCUGUGGCUAUACACACACACACACAGCUUGAACUUUUAUUAUUAUUAUUUUUCUGCUGCACGCUGCAUUGUGCAGAUACAGCGAUUGUGCGGCAGGAGUUUGCGCGUUUCUCCGGUGAAGAGCUGCAGCGGCGCCGGCACUUUGAGAAGGUGGCUUUGGAAGUAUGGAAUAUUUCAUGAUGCCCGCAGACAACAUAGCGUCCAUACAGCACUUCAAGAAGACUGAGAAGGACGUGAUCGGAGGCCUGUGCAGUCUGGCCAAUAUCCCCCUCAGUCCAGAAACGGCUCAGGACCAGGAGCGACGAAUCCGUCGUGAGAUUGCGAACAGCAACGAACGUCGAAGGAUGCAGAGCAUCAAUGCUGGCUUCCAGUCCCUCAAAAGACUGCUGCCCCACACAGACGGAGAGAAGCUCAGCAAGGCAGCGAUCUUGCAGCAGACUGCAGAUUACAUCUUCACCCUGGAGCAGGAAAAGACACAACUCCUGGCACAGAACAACCAGCUGAAGCGCUUUUAUUCAGUGCAGAAGGAGUUUGGUGGCUCAUCACCGAAGAGAAGACGAGCAGAGGAGAAGGAUGAAGGAAUUGGGUCUCCAGACAUGCUAGAAGAGGAGAAGGUAGAGGAGCUGAGGAGGGAGAUGCUCGAGUUACGGCAGCAGCUGGACAAGGAGCGUUUGGCUCGUAUUGUGCUGGAGGAGCAGAUGCGGUCUCUGGACAACCAGUUAUACCCAGAGCAUCAGAAAGUAAUCAUCCAACAGGUGGAGGAAGAGCAGGCCCAUAUCCAGAGUCAGACGCUGUUACGGCUGCAACAGAUCCACGGUCAAGCUGUCGACAGACAAACUCACAGUCCACAGAUGAUGGCUCCUCCCACUGCCCCUGCCCCAACCCACCACCCUACGGUCAUCGUCCCUGCUCCAACACUAAUCCAACACCCCCACCAUCACAUCACCGUGGUAACCAUGAGCCCAUCUGUCCACACCAGCACUGUUUCCACAUCCAGACAGAACCUGGACACUAUUGUGCAGGCCAUCCAGCACAUUGAACGCACUCAGGAGAAGAGGGGCAGCGCGGAUGAGGAGCAGAGACGAGCCGUCAUCGUUAGCCCUGGCCAUGUUGCUAUGGAUACAGCCUGCUCAGAUACAGACACGGAUACGGAGGGAGAAGAAUGUUCGAUGAACUAACCAUCCACCGAACAAACACACAGUCACUAACAGAUGUGAUACCAGCUCACUGUUAAGAUUCCCUCCAGAAGUUUGACUUUUUUUUUUUACUUUGUGUUGGCAUUAUCCAAAUUUUUAAGUCCAGUAGUUAAGCUUUAAUCUUGUACUGUAAAAUCCUUGCAGAUUAAAAAAAAAGAAAAGAUAUUUAGCAGUCAGAGGAGACCUAUUAGGAUUACUAAUCCCCCCCCCCCCCCCCCAAAAAAAAAUAUACCUGCCCAAGGUGUGUGGCUGUAGGAACUGUGGGAUUGAGUCUGAGGACAGACCCUGGUGUGGGUUAUGAAGUCUGCCACUAAAGGAUCUCCUCACGGGGGUUAAAAACACUUUGGUUCCUCUUUAAUACGUUUGUGUGCUGCAGUCAAAGUAUCAAGGUAACAGUCAUUGCUGGCGUGCUGACAGUAUUAUUGAGAAAUGUCAGUUUUAC